GAAACAUCAGUGCGCUUACACAAUCUGAUUGUUAGACAUGAAAUGAUAAAUUACAACAAAUGUUAACAUGGAAUGGACAAGCUAACCACAACCAAGAUUGUGAGAGUAGAGGGGGGAUCUGGUGGAACUGGAAGAGAAAUCAAUAAACAUACAGAAACUGUAACCACCACAAGACUGACAUCUCUACCCCCGAAGGGCAACAAUAGCUCAUCGAGCAGCCAGCAGGUGUUGACCAGCUCUAGUGCUGGAGGUGGUGUUCUGGUGGAGAAGAUCAUCACCCAGAGCAGUGCUGAAGGAGGCAGCUCCAGGAGUUAUAUGAUAUCCUCCUCCUCGUCUGGAAGUUCAGCCACCAGCAGUUCAGGAACAGGGUCUGUGGUUGACACAUUUGACGCCUCCUUGUUUUUAACCUCAGGAGCCGCGCGAGAUUUCAGCGUAACCGCCGGGCCGAUCGGUAGUUCUAUGGUGAAGACCUCUAGCUCUAAAAUUAAAAGCUCUAGUAUCUCCGCCAACAUCCCAUCAGUUGCCAGUUCCUCCUCAGCCACUGGUGAAGAUCUUUUAACAGGAUUUGGAUCCUCCUCCGAGUUCAUGUCUGGUUCAGCAGGUGGUUCUUUUGGUGUUUCUAGAGGCAACAUGUCUAGAAGCGGAGGAGGUGUUGGGUCUUCUGCACUCAUGUCUGGCGGAGGAGGUUCUAGCUCCAUGACUGUGACUAAGUUCGGCGCCUCGUCCCCCACUGGAACGAGGAAAGCUUCAGGUUUGUCUAUGGGUUACAGCACAGUUCCUACAGAUAGAAAGGCCAGCUUGACCCUUCAGAUGGGAGGAUAUGAGGGGAGCUCCAGUGGCAAUUCUUCCCCUGAGUACACAAAGAAACAGUACGCUGCAGUUGCCACCAGGGGGCGCACUCAGACGAGAGAGAGUGAGAUUCGGGCCAGACUGCAGAGCGCUUCUCCAUCCACUAGAUGGACAGAACUGGAUGAUGUGAAGAGAUUGCUGAAGGGAAGCCGCUCGGGGAGCAUCAGUCCACCCCGUUCGCCCACCAACACGCUACCCAUCCCGAAAAAAGCAAGCGUGGAAACACGCCACGAGAGCCUUUCGGGUCGGGGUGGGCCAAGCGUAACUGCACCCAACCCUAAACCAGGACCACCUCGAGGAGCGUGUCAGAGACGAAUCGGAGACAGAGAUAAAAUGUAA